AUGUCGGAUAUGAAAUGGAGUAAAAAUGAGCUUCAACCAGAUAGUGAAGAAAACAAGAAACUCACACACACCCCUAAUCUCCACACACACACACAUACGCACACACAUACACACACUCCAGAUCUCAAUCUCAUCUCUCUUGCAUUAAACAUGUACUGUUGGGAAUUGUUUUUAGCCCUACUGUUCAGCGGCUUCCCAGCGUGGGCUCUGCCUUCAACUAACAUCAAGAUCACACAAGCAUUGCCUAUGCAGUUGUCAGACUCAAACCAGCCUGUGACAUGUCCACUGUUCUGGACUGAAUUUGAGGGUUACUGUUACCGCUUCUUCCCCCUGAACCGCACAUGGGCUGAGGCAGAUCUGUACUGCGCUGAGUUCUCAAACGGACACAAAUCUGCCAAACUCACCUCUGUCCACAGCUGGGAAGAAAAUGUGUUUGUCUACGAUCUUGUGAACAGCCGUAUGCCAGGAAUUCCAACCGAUAUUUGGAUUGGCCUGCAUGACAGAAGACAGGAGGGCACUAUGGAGUGGACAGAUGGGUCACCCUUUGAGUACAGUUACUGGGAUGGAAAUCAGCCAGAUGAUGGGAUUCAUCGCAUCCCUGAGGAGGAGGACUGUGUGGAGAUCUGGUACAGACAAAACAGUGCUCUGAGGUCUUGGAAUGACAACAACUGCGAUAAGGCUUUUCCAUUCGUCUGUAAGAUUCCAACUCUGGAAAACUAACCAGAUUAUUUAUCCAGUUCAUCAUCAACAACACUGACACUAGGAACAAAAUGUCCGCAGAUCUAAAUCCCUCUAUCAUUAAUGGGCUCUUUUCAGCUCUACUAUAGGCUCUUCACAUGCACUUCUGUCCCGUCCCCUGCCCCCAUCACUGCUGUCAUAAUGCUGUUUUCUGGCUCCUCUGGGGCCGUGAGUCAUGACACACACAUUCCUGCAUUUAACUCUAUUAGAAAUCAACUUUUUGUGUCCCUCUCCAGAGGUAGUUGAUUAUGUGGGCGAUUCUAGAAUUGCGGGUACAUUUUGAGUCUCCAAUAUAUUCUAUUAAUUCUUAAAAACGAAAACUUUAAUGAAAAGGUUUUGAAUAACAUCACAUAUUAUAUCAAGGUUAUCUCUAAAAAUAAUGUUUGUAAUGUGUAUUUAGAAACAUUUUGAAAAUAUUAACUUAAAGACUCCCACUAUACACACUUUAGAAUGUCUCUGCAUCAUGAAUCUUCAAUUAUCAUGAAACAAUGAAGUCUAGUUUUCAUCUUUUUUGUGUUUACUCUACUAAUUUGAAUAAGCAUUUGCAUGAAAUUUCUAUUUUCAUUUUUAUUUGUUUUUUUGGUUAUAAAAAGAAAGAGUUCUGUCUGUCCUUAUUGUUAACUCUUGUUACAUUUGUUAUAAAAAGGCAUAAAAAUAUUUAAAACGUUAUUAUAGAGGAAAGUCCUUACCCCAGGUGGAGGAGUUUAAGUAUCUCCGGGUUUUGUUUACAAGUAAGGGAGGGAUGAAACGUGAGAUUGACAGGCGGAUUGGUGCAGUGGCAGCAGUAAUGUGGUCGAUGUACCGGUCCGUUGUGGUAAAUAAGGAGCUGAGCCGAAAGCCAAAGCUCUCGAUUUACCGGUCAAUCUAUGUCCCUACUCUCACCUAUGGUCAUGAGCUUUGGGUCAUGACUGAAACGACAAGAUCUCGGAUACAAGCGGUCGAAAUGAGUUUCCUUCGAAGGGUGGCAGGGUGCACUCUUAUGGAUAGGGUGAGGAGCUCUGACACUUAGGAGGAGCUCGGAGUAGAGGCGCUGCUCCUCCACAUCGAGAGUAGUCAGCUGAGGUGGCUCUGGCAUCUGUUUCGGAUGCCUCCUGAGCGCCUACCUAGGGAGGUGUUCCAGGCAUGGGAGGAGGCCUCAGGGAAGACCCAGGACACCCUGGAGGGACUAUGUCUCUCGGCUGGCCUGGGAACGCCUCGGGAUCCCCAAGAGGAGCUAGAGGAAGAGUCUGGGGAGAGGGAAGUCUGGGAUUCUCACCUAAGACUGCUGCCCCUGCGGCCCAGCCACGGAAAUGUGGCAGAAAAUGAAUGAAUGAAUGAAUAUAGAAAAAGACUUGCUCCAAGGGAUGUUACUUCCUCUUGCAGAAAACUCAGGAAGGAAUUCUCUCAGUUAGUUCAGUUCAAUUGAAUUGAAUUGAAUUUAAUUCAAAUCAAUUCAAUUCAAUUCAAUAAAUCCACUUACACACUUAUUUUAAACCAAUGGCAGUGGGAAUCAAUGUCUUCUUGUACUAAGCUUUUUUGCUAAAGGGACUUUAUACCAUCUACCAGAUGGAAGUAACUUAAACGAACCAUGUAAAGAAUGGGAAGAGUCUUUCACAAUUGUGGAGGGGUUUCUUUUUGUCGCUGCUAUAAAUAAAUCAGUGAGAGGUGUUUGUCUUUCACCAAUUAUUUUACUCGAUAUGUUUACCAACCUUAAAAGUUUAUUUUUGCUUUUAGCAGAGAGGAGUUAAACCAGGCUACAAUGUAAAAAGGAUAGACUCAAUAAGGGAUUUAUAUACAACAGUCAAAAUGUCUUCCUCAGUAUCAAAACUUCCUAGUUGCUCAACAAACUUAGCCGCUGCUGAGCCUUUUUAAAAACCUUCUAAAUAUGAAUGUUUAUCAAAAGAGAAUUUUUGUUUAGGAUAAACACCAAUAGUAGAUUUUCAACUCUGUUAUUGUGAUAUUUCAGUGAAUUUAAUCUCAUCUACUUUUUUAAAAACAAUAAUAUGAUGAAAACCGAUAAAAUUCAGUCUUAGAGAUGUCAUGGUUGUAAUUUAAGGUUAGCAUCUUGAGCUAACGCACAAAUGGGUGAAAAAUGCCAUCUCUGUUUGCUGUUUAAAUAGUAAUAAUUUAACCAAUAAUUAGUAACAGAAUCAAACUUUCCCUAUAGGAUUUAAACAUUAUUUGAUUUUGAUAAUAGAUUUAGUUUAUGUGAAUUGUUCAGUUGUUGUAUGUUAUUCUGGUUUAAAGAAAAUGAAUGGAAAAUGCUUGAAAUGUACCUGCAAUUCUGGAACGAGUCCGCUGUUCAUAUUGAGUAUUGAUGUUGGGAAUAUUCUUGGGAAUUACUGUUAUAAACUGUCAUUCUAUACAUGUAUAACAUACUGUAGAUAGUAAGUAGCAAUUUUAGUGCCCUAGAACAGUAAAUGAAAACUCACCCAUCAUCAUGUGCUUGAUAAUAUUCUGUGGACAUUAUUUGCUAUUUUUCUAAGACAGCAUACAGUGUAAAUAAUAUCUGUAAAUGAGCAGUUUUCCAUAUCUUGUGAGUCGUGUUUUUAAUUUUCCCUGUUUGAUCUUUCUUCCAACAACUUUUCACAUUGGAAAGUUUGAAAAAGGGACUUUUAUUAACAUUUGUAAUAGUUUUAAGUGAUAAUGUCUGGUUUGGUGUUGUAUAUCAAGGUAUAAAAACCUUGAAAUAAUCUACCAGUGCAUUCUCUGUUAUUUUACAGACUCAUUUCUCUAUAUUUUAUUUCUCAAACUACUAAAAUGUGAAUAAAAGUCACUUUAUUAAACUGUAGACUUGAAUUUUCAACAUUAAAAGUUGACAGAGCAGAGAUCAAAAUCCCAUUAUGCAGUUCACAACCGUAAAUAAACAGAAAACACGUGUGAAUCACAAAAUACAGAAACUGUUAAUGAACAGAUAUUUUUUAGAGUGUAUUUUUCAGAAACCCCAAAUGUCUGUUUUUAAUGAGAGGGUGGUCACAUUUUUAACAUUUCACAGACAGGAAUGUGUGUUGAUGUUACAUCUCCUGAGUCUGGGUCUGUCAAUGUCCAUUUAUCUAUCGCUGACCUAGAAGGUGAGAUUGUGAAGGGUUUAAAUCUCUGUUUACUGCAAUACUUCAAAAGUCAGACCGAGCUUAACCUCUGCCGACCUUUUCCACUCUUCUCUGCAGUUCAUAGGCCUCGCCAAUUAGUGACUUUAAAAAAAUCUCUGUUCUGAUCCACACAGCUGCUAGAAAAGCAAACUGUUAUAUCUGCAUCACUGUCAGGAACAUUGUGAAUUAAGAAAAUGCCUUUUUUUUUUUUUUUAGAUUUGCAGCAGGUUGAAAGUGAAAUGUUAAGUGAAUAUCGUUAAAUAAAAAAUUCCAAAACAGAUAACUGAGAUUGUGGCAGAGAUUGAGAGAGUUUUAUUUAUUAUUGCUAUUUUACCUUGUUUUAAUUUGGGCUUUUCACUAUUUUUGUCAGAAUGUGUGUUUGCAGGACUCAUACCAAAUAAGUUUACCAUAAUGAAAAAAACACACAUGCAUAUGGAGAUGCAAAUGUUACAGUAUGUUAGUUUAUAAUAGUUUAUAACACAAUAUAUCCGCUGUCAUCAAAUAAAUGUUUCUUUUUUUAAUGUUAUCGAUAUGGAAUGAUGCAGAACAUAUCUGUGCACCAGGGGAGUUUUUUUAGAGGGAAAGUUAAGAUCUUGACAUAUGUGGGACUUUUUCAUCAUGAAAAAAGAGGACAUUAGAAAUGUAAUGUGUAUGUGCAUUUCUGAGCUUAAUGUUUUAAAAUACACAGUUAAAAGGAUGUGAAGUUACAUCCACUGUAUUUGUUUGCCCUUUGCUUUUGUAAAAUUCAUCAUUUCAAAAUUAAAAUAAAAAAAUGUCUAUAGUGGUGCAUCUUUUGUUCAUAAAUUACAACACUUAAUCAUAAAUCAUGCUCCACUUACUAAACAACUAAAAACUGCAGCAAAUUAUAGACUUUUGCUAAAAUGUUUGUAGAGCCAUCUGAAUCACAAUUCCAUGAAGAUUUCCCCUCCCAAUGCCGAUUCAGUUUUUAAUUUAAUGCUGAAUUAAUAGUGAUUGUUGAGUUGACCUUGUCCUUAAUAUAUUAUUUUAGUAUUGUUUAGAUAUUCUAAUGAGUCAUGAGACCAUAGUGUUCAAAAGAAACUCUAGAUGCAUCUGAUCUCUGUUACCCUGAAGGCAAAUGUUUGCCGAUACGCGUAGGUGCAAUAGCCAUGUCAUUAAAAGCUUUUUAAUAUUU